UUCCACAAACACUCACCUCCUCUGCACACCACACAGACACACACAAGGAACACUAGUGGUAGUAUGUGCUAGAGCUGAAGAAGCUUGGCUUCAGAGGCCGGCCAUGAAGAGCUCUUCAGCUGCAUCAAGGCUGAGACUGAAACAGGAGCAGGCGAGCGAUGGUAGCAAGAUGCAGGGAAGCGGUCUGAGCAGCAGCCUGGAGCUCAGGCUCGGCAUCUCUUCAGACAAUGGCGGCGGCAGUGAUCCAUGGCUCGGUGUCGGAGUGCACCCUUGGAGCCUGGCCUCCAGGCAAGAGAAGGCGGCCCUGGAGCAAGCGCACCAGCGGCCUCCUCCGCAGCCGGUGGGGUGGCCGCCGGUGGGCGCGUUCCGCAAGAGCCACCUGGCCGGCGCGAAGGCCGCCGAGGAGCCGAGCAAGGAGAAGCGUGGCUCCGGCGAGCGGCCGGCGGCGAGCAUGUUCGUGAAGGUGAACCUGGAGGGCUGCGCCGUCGGGAGGAAGGUGGACCUGCAGGCGCACCGCGGGUACGCGUCGCUGUCCCGCGCGCUGCAGGGCAUGUUCCAUGGCUUCCUGUCAGAUGGCCAGUGGAGGAUCGCAGGCAGAGAAGACGACGACGAUGACGACGAGCCGACGAAGAAGAACAGGACGAAGACGUACAUCCUGCUGUACGAGGACGACGAGGGCGACCGGAUGCUCGUCGGCGACGUGCCAUGGGAGCUGUUCAUGGCUUCGGUGAAGAGGCUCUACAUCGCACAGGACCCCAGGAAGAACUAGCGAGAGAGAGAGAGAGCUGAGAUGAUGUUGCUCGAUAGUAUCGCUGCUUUUUCUAUACAGCUCAAAGCAGAUAGAGAUAGCAACACUGUAUGCUACUAUCUAGCAGUUCAUAUAGGAAGUUUUGCUUGUGUAAUAUUUCAGACUUUGGUGAAUUAUUAAUCGGAUUAGCUAAUAUAUAUAAU